CCCCCUUUUUUUUUUCUCUCCAAAGAGUUAAGUAGUUAUGGGUUUUGAAAUUGAGCAACCUUGUGUGGAGCUUUCUAAAGUUGCAGUUUCUGAAACUCAUGGUGAAGACUCCCCCUACUUUGCUGGGUGGAAAGCCUAUGAUGAAAACCCUUAUGAUGAAUUAACAAACUCCUCCGGAGUUAUACAAAUGGGAUUGGCAGAAAAUCAAGUUUCAUUUGAUUUGCUGGAGAAGUACUUGGAAGAAAACUCAGAGGCCUCAACAUGGGGAAAAGGAGCUCCUGGUUUCAGAGAGAACGCUUUGUUCCAAGAUUAUCAUGGACUGAAAACAUUCAGAACAGCAAUGGCAAGCUUCAUGGAGCAAAUAAGAGGGGGGAGAGCGAAAUUUUUUCCUGAUAGAGUGGUCCUCACUGCAGGCGCCACUGCAGCCAAUGAACUCUUAACCUUCAUCCUCGCAAACCCAGGAGAUGCUUUACUUGUUCCAACCCCUUACUAUCCAGGAUUUGACAGAGAUUUAAGGUGGAGAACUGGGGUGAACAUAGUUCCAAUCCAUUGUGACAGCUCAAACAACUUUCAAAUCACUCCUCAAGCUUUGGAGGCUGCAUACCAAGCAGCAGAAGCCAAGAACACAAAAGUGAGAGCAGUGUUAAUCACAAACCCAUCAAACCCCUUAGGUGCAACAAUCCAACGCUCAGUUCUAGAGAACCUUCUAGAUUUCGUGACACGCAAGAACAUCCACCUUGUCUCAGACGAAAUCUACUCAGGCUCAGUGUUCUCCUCCUCGGAGUUCGUGAGCGUAGCAGAAAUCCUCGAAGCACGCAAUUACAAGAACGCUGAAAGAGUUCACAUUGUUUAUAGCCUCUCCAAGGACCUUGGCCUUCCCGGCUUCAGAGUUGGCACCAUUUACUCAUACAACGACAAGGUUGUGACCACAGCGAGGAGGAUGUCGAGUUUCACCUUAAUAUCUUCUCAGACACAGCACUUGUUGGCUUCUAUGUUGUCUGAUAAGAAGUUCACUGAGAACUACAUUGAGACCAACAGGGAGAGGCUGAGGAAGAGGUACAACAUGAUCAUUGAAGGGUUGAAAAGCGUUGGGAUAGAGUGCUUGAAGGGGAAUGCAGGGUUGUUUUGCUGGAUGAACAUGAGUCCGUUGUUGGAGAAGAAAACUAGGGAAGGAGAAUUGGAGCUUUGGAAUGCUAUUGUGCAUGAAGUGAGACUCAACAUCUCUCCAGGGUCCUCUUGUCAUUGUUCUGAACCAGGUUGGUUCAGGGUUUGCUUCGCCAACAUGAGUGAGGAAACACUGGAAGUAGCAUUGGAGAGAAUACGUAGCUUCAUGGAACGUAUAAAGAAAGAGUAAUAAUGGUACUGUGAUCCUAUGUUCUAUUUAUUGGUGUUGUUGUUCUAGUUGUGUAUUGUUAUUUUAUUUUAUUUUUUUCAAGUGGUUCUGGCCAUUCUGAUAAAUUCUUUAUUUUUGAGUAACAGCAAAACUCAUGUGACGAUAAUAUUAAGCACACGUAUACUGUAGAGCAGAUUCACUGCCUCAUGUAGUCAAGUGUCCUAGUUGUUGUUUGCUUGCUUUACUUAAGCAAGUUCAUUACUUAGAAACUCCUUUGUAUGAUUAGUGAAAUUAUGGAUUAAUGAAAAGUGUU